UAAUUCAUUCUCGGCCAUUUAUAGAAGUCCGAGGUGGGCUCAGUGUUAAGCAGCAGCAGCCGCAGCUCAUAUUGCGUCGAUAGGAGAUGGAGGCAGACCUGACCCCCCUCUGAGCUCCGAACACCAGGACACAGACCACCAGAUGAGCCCGGGGAUGACAUCCCGACCAUGACUGAUUGCUGAUUCUGAGCAUCUUUCUUCACGGAAUAGAACCGGGAUCGUCUCAGCGACCCAAUGAAUCCAGCGCUGUUCAGUUGAGCCUCUCCUUGGCGGGUUGGCAUGGCCCAGUGAUGAACGGAGCGGUGGUGCCAGGCAGCCCGGAGCUUUCCUCCUCAUGUCCGCUGCCUGACUGGAGAGAGUUCUGUGAGCUCCAUGCUCGAGCUUCCGCUGCAGAUUUUGCUGACAAGUUCCAGCGCUUUCUGUCAGAGAACCCAUGCUACGACUCUCCCGGUGCUGAUGCCAGCUUCUCGCAGCACUUUGCCAACCACUUCCUGGAGUGCUUCUCUGCAGCGCUGACACAAGCAAAGGAGAAACAAGCAUCCUCUCCGGGGGAGGAAGGCUGCAACGCGGCAACAAAGUACAGCAUCGUUCCCUUCCUGGGGAUCCAGGGUUGCCCUCUGUCCUACGGUCACGACCUCUACCAGAGGCGCAAGGACACUGGGGCUUCGAGUGAGUCCCUGGACAGUAUGGACAGCGGAGGGGGAGGGAUAGAUGGGGGAGGCGGUGGCAGCACCACCUCCCGAGGCCCACAAACAACCCAUAAGAUGUCCGUUCUGGGACAGUCCCGCAGCUCAGAGGACGUGUCCGUCAGCCACCCGAAAGCUCGCUUCAAGAAAGGCUUCUCCCUGAGGAACAUGAGCCUGUGUGUUGUGGACGGGGUGAAGGAGAUGUGGCACAGACGAGCCUCCCCAGAACCUGAUGCCCCCUCGGGGACCAGGAAGGCAAAUGGAGGAGUAGCAGGGGAGGCAGGAGGGGGAGAGCGGUGGUCCCAGAAGCUACGACUUCCCAGGGGUUCACAAGGCCACAAGGCUGAGCUCCUGGAGAUCCAGAGGGAGGGGGCGCUGAGAUACAUGGUGGCUGACGACACAAACUGCAUGGGUGCUUCUCAGUGGCAAAAGUGUCGCCUCCUGCUCAGGAAGACAAAGAGGGAGGAUGGUGUGGAGAAGUUCCUGCUGGAGUUCUACGUCCCCCCUAAGUCCUCAAAGCCCAAAGUGAGCAUCCCUCUUACAGCCAUCGUGGAGGUGAGGACCACCAUGCCGCUGGAGAUGCCUGACAAGGACAACACCUUUGUUCUUAAGGUGGAAAAUGGGGGAGAAUACAUCCUGGAAACCAUCGACUCUCUGCAGAAAAACUCUUGGGUUGCUGAUAUCCAGGACUGCAUAGACCCCGGAGACAGCGGCGAUGACAUCGAGCUGGCGUCAUGUCCUCAUGGUCAGGCCUCUAAGGACUGUUCUAUGGUGGCGUCCUGCAGCUGUGAGCUGCUUUCUGAGGGUGUGUAUCGGGUUCCAGAGAGGUCGUGUCCUACAGCAGCAGAUCAUUACAGCGCCCCCUCAGUCCGCUGUAGGGAACCACCUUUCACCCAGCACCCGUCCCACAUGCCUUUGGAGCGCUUUCUCCAGUCCCCGGAAGCCCAGAGCUCCAACAACUCUGCAGGUGGCGGUGAAAGAGCAAAAGAGUCGGAUGGUGAUGCCAGCCUGGCUGGUUACCCGUGGUUCCACGGUACGUUGUCUCGUGUGCGAGCAGCUCAGCUGGUGCUUGCGGGCGGAGCCAGGAGCCAUGGGCUCUUUGUGAUCCGUCAGAGCGAGACGAGGCCGGGCGAGUACGUUCUCACCUUCAACUUCCAGGGCAAAGCCAAGCAUUUGCGCUUGUCUGUUAAUGAGAAUGGACAGUGCCACGUCCACCACUUGUGGUUCCACACCGUAACGGACAUGCUGAGACACUUCCACACCCACCCGAUCCCCCUCGAGUCUGGAGGCUCGGCUGACAUCACGUUACGCUCGUAUGUGCAGGUGCCGCGGAGCUCCACCACAGUUGCUGAUGUGGCCCUGCCUCCAGAUCUCAGUCCGUCCAGUGCAGCCUGCAGGACAGAUUCAACCCCACCAGCUCUUCAUCCUCCCGGAAUCGCUGCUCCUGUAGGGUCCUCUGUUGAUGCCCCUCUCUCCUCAAGCACUUCCUCCUCACCCACUGCCCUUCCUUCACUUUCCCGAAGCGACCCCGGUACUGGAGGAGGCGUGGGAGGUGGACUGCAGAGCCGAAGCAACAGCUCUGAGCGCCUGCUGGAGGCCUCUAGUGGCUCCUCUGACGAUUACCACGAUGCUGAUGGGACUCGGAGGGCCCGAGCUGUGGAGAACCAGUACUCUUUCUACUAAAUGACUCAGAGCGGGGUUGAGUUGUUUAUCUUCUGUCUGAGGAGGAUGCAGAAGGUUUAAUGUGAUACAGGGCGCUCUGUGCAUGAGGAAAAACGGCCUAGAUCACCAUAUCACCCAUUAUUUUGUCUGUUUUUUAUUUUUUAUUUAUAUUUUUUCAUUGCAAAGACAUUUAGUUUCCUUAUAUGGCAAGCAAAUGACACCAAGAAAUGAAUCCAUGGUAACAAAUGAGUUUAACUUCUGUGAAUUUGUUUUAAAUUAAGAUAUCAAGGAUAUUUGAGAAGCAGAGGAUUUUAAGACAAGUGAAGAUUAAUGAAGGUUGAGAACAUUAAGAGGAAGUCAUUCUGUGGAGUCGUGUGGCUUUGAUUCACCUCCCUUGACCAUUUCCUGUUCAGCCUUACCCACAGCUCCCCAGGAGCAGAGGCCAUAUGACCCCCCCACUGCAGGAGGACUGAUUCUGAGAUGACCCUGACGAUCCGAUCCCUCCCCUCUGAGCUCCUGAGAGCUUCUUGUUAAUGUUUAUAAAGCUGCUUUGAAUCUGUCCCGGAUAUCCUCUCUGUCCCUCUGGGUUUCCUCCACAAGGUCUCUCUCGCUCUGGGGCCUUUCCACUAACACCAGUACAGUGUACACAUGUGUGAGUGUAAGCGUAGAGCUAUUUUCUUAGACAUGUACAGCCCAAAGGUGCCUGACAAUUGCUUUGGACUUGAAUGGACCGUUGUUGAUAGCAUCUAGAACGACAAUGCAGGAGUUAAUAAAAUAAGAUGCAGGUGUUAAUUUCACUGCUUCAGACACACUAAAAACACGCAUAGUGGGUUUAAGCCUUUUAUUGACGCACACAAACACGAUUUAAAAGUAGUUUCCAUUUUUCAGACAGCUUGACAUCCUAUGAAUGUGUGAUGAGUUAUUAGAGUCCAAAUAUUUUUUAAAUAGUACAUGUGCCACAGUAAUGUUUGAAAAACAUGAUUUUCUGGGUCCCUCCGCCUGGUGAUCGUUCUCUGUUCACUCACUGAUAACCUGUAGAUUAGACACAUUGUUAAUAUAGAUUAAAGUUAUGCCUUGAAGAUAAUUUAAUACCAAAUCCAGUGUUGUUGGAGGGACUUUGGACUUUUUAAAGGCAUCCCAGUGUUCUGAUUUAUGUGGCCUCCAGGUGAAUUAGUGGGUAUGAAGUGGAACAGACAGAAAAACUAACUGUAUUAAGUGGCCAUGCUUGAAUAGAAAGAUGUAAGUUUGCUGCUUUAUGCUAACUAGAAAGUGAAGUUUUUUAAUGUAGUUAAUUUAAAAUAAACCAAAUUUUUCACAUUUAAAACGUUAAUGUAGAAAAUAAAAACACCACCUGAAAACUAGUCCCAUAAAUGAAACGUACUCUGUUGAGGCAGAUCUAUUAUUUAGAUGUUUUCUUAGACGUCUUCUUUUAUGGUUGUAGCUUACGAGCUAACACUGCUUAUGGGUUAGCUUAGCACUAUUCUGACAAUUAGAGUAAAAAACUAGUCCAGAAUGGUUCAAAUACAAAAAGGGCAUUUAAAUCAAAUUAAAUACAAUUUUAGGUCACUUGAACUUUUUAUUUUAUUUUAUGAAGCUUUAAAGAUACAAUACACAAGAAUGUAUGGUGAAAUAAUGACAAAACAGUCUAAUGUCUUAAUCAAGUUGGAAGGAAGGUUUGAAUGAAAGAGGUUUCCUUCUCAGCUGGCUGGGGGGUUGUCCGUUUUUCUCAUUUUAAAAUGGCCAAAGAGGGACAUAGUCACCGUUUAAAAUAUGUGAGCCCACAGCGCCGGCAUUUGUCAUUCGACAUUGACCAGCAAAACGCAGAAGUGUUUUGUAACGAUCCUAAGCCAGUAAAAACAGAGACCCAAAACCUGUUUCUUCUAUCUCUAAGACACCGUGGCAUCUUUAUAUCGGCUAAAAAAUGCUGGUGGCUAACGUUGAGCUAACAAUGCUAACUGUGAAUUAGAAACAAAUAGUCAGCUCUUAAAAAAUCUCAAGCUACUUUUUCACUGUCAACAACUCAAAAUUACAGUAAAACGUAUUCAUCUACUUACUGUGUAUGACUCGUUUUCGCUCAUCUUCUAGAAUCUUCUGGCGCUGGCAACAGCCAUGAAACUUAUAGAACAGGACAAAGAAAGUCACCCACAUGUUUAGAAAAUGGGCUGCAGUACCCUUCUCCUUCUUCUUCUUCUUAGAGUUUUACGGCGUCUGGCAACCAACUGAAAGGUGCAUCACCACCCCUACUGUUCCGCAGUGUGGAUCAGAGUUUACAGUCUAUCUGUCAGACCUGAAUCUUGGCUGCAGUACCCAAGUUUGACCACAGGAUGUCAUUCCUACUUCAUUUUUACAUAAUGCACCUUUAGGCCUAUGUUACAUUACAGUUGAGAAAAAAUAUACUUCUCUGUCAAUUGUAAUUAUUGGAUUAAUUAUGUUGAUGAAAGUAUGAUAAUUAUGACUGAAGUGAGUGAGAGAAGUAGCUGAAGAGUUUGACGUGCACGGUAUAUAAAAGGGUUGUCAUUAGAAGAGUAAGAACUGAUCCAGGUAAAUUCCUAACUUUAUGAAGUCUAUGCGAAUAUCAGUCGACAAUAUCGAACAUCUCUAACAUUUACGUGAUUGGACCCCUAAUUUCCUAGGUUUUUCUAACAUUUAGGUUUGCCAAAGUGUUUAACAUAUCUUAAGUAAUAAAUUUAGUGAUUUUAUUGGCUAUUUAGAGUAUAAACAUGCAAACUUUGACUUUAUAACACGUUAGACACAACUAAAGGAAAAUGCUACGUCAUUGCAAACAUACUUGGACGUAUGCAAGUCUUUUCCUCUGUAAACAUAAUAAACAUAUCACAAGCCUGUCUCUUCAAGCAUGGCCACUCAUUCUCUGAUUUCAGUGGAAUGAAGCAAUUUCAUGUGCCAAUUUGAAUCCUAUUUUUGAAGCGUAUUAUUCCCUCUGUAAAUUACACGUUUCCUAUCGAGUCUUAUUUAUGUAGAACUGAUUCUUCUAUGAAACAGCCUGAGUGGAAAGAAACCCAUCCCACAUAUAUUUUAUUUUCUAAACUAUCCUACAGCUGAACUUUCUGUUGUCUGACUGAGUUUUGAAGAGUCUGUGCAAUUUUGUACAAAGUGAUGUAAUUGACAUACUACUUUAUAUUUCUGUGAAUAAAAUGUGAACAAAC